AUGGAGCCAUUCAACACACCUCCAUCAAAUUAUGGCUUGGAAACGAAUGUCUCCUCCAGUGCUUCGGAUGCGUCAAAAACUGCCGCAAAAGAGACAAGUGUGGCUUUCCAGGCGACCGUAGGCUCGCUCCUCGGUGCCAUUACGCUCGCUACGACUCUCUCCAACGCGUUCGUGAUCGCCACUAUUUCCCGCUCGAGGAAACUGCACACGCCGGCCAACUUUCUGAUCGCGUCCCUGGCGCUCACCGACCUCCUUGUGUCCGUGCUGGUGAUGCCCGUGAGCGCGCUCUAUACAGUGAGCCACACGUGGACGCUGGGCCAAGUCGUGUGCGACAUCUGGCUGUCGUCGGACAUCACCUGUUGCACGGCAUCUAUACUCCACCUGUGCGUCAUCGCCUUGGAUCGUUACUGGGCUAUCACGGACGCUGUGGAGUACGCGAAAAGGCGCACGACAAGCCGCGCAGCUGCCAUGGUGGCCACAGCCUGGGUGAUCGCCAUCUCCAUCAGUCUGCCUCCGUUUUUCUGGCGCCAGGUAAAAGCAGGAGAGGUGACGAGCUGCGAGGUGAACACGGAUCACGUCUUUUACACCAUCUACUCCACAUUCGGCGCUUUCUACAUCCCUACGCUGCUGCUCAUCGCCCUGUACGGAAGGAUCUACGUGGAGGCCAGGCGGCGGAUCUUAAGACAGUCGCCCAAAAAGUUUGGGAAGAGACUCACCUCAGCGCAGUUAGCCACCAACUCACCAGGAUCGACGUCUUCGACCUCGGCGCGCCAGGAUGACGCAGGUUCGGUGAUCAGCGACAGCCAGGUCAAAAUCACCGUUUCCGACUCGCUUCUGGAGAAAAAGAGGAUUUCUGCGGCCAGAGAAAGGAAAGCCACGAAAACUCUGGGCAUAAUUUUAGGAGCGUAUAUAGUUUGCUGGCUGCCGUUCUUUAUCUACACCCUUCUGGUGCCCCUGUGCCCUUCAUGCCACGCGCACCCAGAGCUGUUCGACUUCUUUACGUGGCUCGGCUACGUCAACUCUCUCAUCAAUCCCAUCAUAUACACAAUGGCCAACGAUGACUUUAAAACGGCUUUCCAAAAGCUAGUGAGCUUUCGGUUUUGCGUGUCCUGA